AUGUCCCUUAUCGCCCAGCUAUCCCACAAGGUUCCCGUGAACUCCCGGCGCUACCAGUUAUUAAAUCCGAUAAUGCUGAAAAGCGGGAAGUCUGUGAAUAGGAUAACCAGCUUUAUCUCGAACUUUGCUAAGCCAGCUUCUACCCAACGAAGAUCUAUAUAUUCUUCUCGACUGCCAUCAACUUCUUUCUCUUCUUCUGCCAAUUCUUGCUCCCCAAAACAAGCGAUCAAAGCUGCAAUGUCUCCCAUCACUCACCAACGUCGGUCCAGUACUGCAACUCCUGUAGCUGCAAACCUCCUACCAGGAUUUGCUUUUGCCUUUGACAUUGAUGGUGUUCUACUUCGAUCUUCUUCGCCAAUUCCUGGAGCAUCUGAAGCUUUGAACUUACUCCAUUCAAACAACAUCCCUUUUAUCUUAUUGACCAAUGGAGGAGGCAAACAUGAAAGUGCUCGUGUUGCAGAGUUGAGCAAAAAACUCAAUGUUCCUCUUACUGAGGAAAACUUUGUUCAAUCACACACACCAUUCAAACAACUAGUUGAGGGGUCAGAAACAACGGAGAGUCUUAAGGAUAAGACAGUUCUUGUCACUGGUGGAGAUGGAGAUAAAUGUCGCAAGGUUGCAGAAAUGUAUGGUUUCAAUAAGGUCGUCACACCUGGUGAUAUUCUCAUGGCUUAUCCUACCAUCUGGCCCUUCAACCAAAUCUUUAGCGAGUAUUAUAGCAAGGCUACACGCCCUCUUCCCAGACCAGUUGAUCUACACAACCUUUCUGAAUCUCUCAAAUUCGAUGCCAUUAUGAUUUUCAAUGAUCCUCGCGACUGGGCCUUGGACACUCAAGUUGUACUUGAUCUACUCUUGUCCGAAAAGGGCAUUCUCGGUACUUAUUCUUCCAAGAACGGCGACGCUUCACUACCCAACAACGGUUGGCAACAGGAUGAACAACCAAAGCUGUUCUUCUCAAAUCCAGAUCUUUUCUGGGCAACCAAUCAUCACAUGCCUCGUCUUGGCCAAGGCGGUUUUCAGGCAUCCCUCGAAGGCGUUUGGAAUGCUACUACCGGUGGAGCAAAGUUAGAACGCACUGUUAUUGGUAAACCACAUCCAGCGACAUACAAGUAUGCUGAGCGUGUACUCCACAAAUAUCGUACGCACAUGCUUGGUGGCAGUGGCGAGUCCAAGCGAAAGAUUCCACACCUGAAGCGCGUAUUCAUGGUCGGUGACAAUCCAGAAUCGGAUAUCCGCGGUGCCAACGAAUUCGAAUCAUCUCACGGCACAGACUGGACCUCCGUUCUGGUCAAGACCGGUGUUUAUAGAAGUGGUACAGUUCCUGCCCACAAGCCAAAGGCAAUCGUUGUGGAUGUCUAUGAGGCUGUUAAGUGGGCUUUGGAGCAGGAAGGUUGGCAUUCAGCCUUGUGAUCAUUUCAUUUUCGCUAGUGCUUUUUUUGCAUUGUUGUGGGCGCGGCAUAUCUUCUUUGGAACAUGGGAACGGACAGCUUCUUUUUUAACAUUGAGAAGCGAGCGAACAUUCCAAAAAUAUACAUGCAUCGCGAAAGGUGUUUCAUAGAGUGGGGGAGUUUCGGUUGCAAUUUUGCUUAGUAUGAUGUGCAAAAGCAUCAUUUAAAGGCGAUGGAUGAGAUACCAAUGAGGACUGGCAAUAGCCAGCCACCUCACUUAAAUAGAUGAAAUAGAUGAAUAUAGAAAGAAAUCCAAAGUAAGAAAAUUCGUUAGU